AUGACCCAAAUUAAUAAAUGUGAAAGAUAUACAUGGACACAAACAUUAAAUGAUUGUACCAUUUCAAUAAAAUUAGAUAAUCCAGUUAAAUCCAAAGAUUUAUUAAUUAAAAUUGACAAUGACCAUUUAACAGUAAAAAACAACACAAAUAACGAUACCAUUAUCAAUGGUAAAUUACACAAAAAUGUUAAAAAAAAUGAUUGCAAUUGGACUUUAGAAUCUGGUAAAAAUAUUGAAAUCGAAUUAUGUAAAUUAAAAGGACAAGAAUGGUGGGCCUCCAUUAUUGAGGGUGAAAAUGAAAUUGAUGUUACUCAAAUAAAACCACAAAACUCUACAUUAUCAGAUUUAGAUGGCGAAACUAAAGCAAUGGUCGAAAAGAUGAUGUAUAAUCAAACUAGAAAAGCUCAAAAUCUUCCAACAACCGACGAGUUAGAAAGAGAGAAAAUUUUGGAAGACUUUAAGAGUCAACACCCAAAUAUGGAUUUUUCAAAUGCUAAAUUUAAUUAA